AUGGCCAUACCGAAUGUUACCAAGCGAAUCUCGCACGAAGAGCGUGUCCUUGCGCACUUAGUAUCUGGUCAGCAAGACUCCCAAGAGCCACAUUUCGCUAUCUACGAUGACUCGUUUCUGGAGAUACUAGGAGACGACCCCAGCAUAGAACUUGGUGUGGAGAAGGACUGGCCCUUUGCGCAUGAAGCUGGAGUAUACUUCCCGGAUCAGGAUGCGUUGUUCGUCACCAGCAACGGCUUGCCGACAGACUCAGGACCGAUCAUCAAGAUUAGCAAACUGACCAGGCAAGAUGGUCAGUGGACACAUGAAGAGCUCCAGACAGAUGUGGCCAUGGGAAAUGGCGGCAUCAAUCACCAAGGAGGCGUCCUGUUCUGCGACCAAGGCAACAAGUCGAAACCAGGUGGCUUAGUCUUGAUGGAGGCCAGACCACCUUACGCAUGCAAGACGCUCAUCUCGUCGUAUCAUCGACGACACUUUACCAGUGUCAAUGACGUCGUGGUUCACACUGACGGCAGCAUCUGGUUUACCGACCCGAUAUAUGGCUACGAGCAAGGCUUCCGCAACACGCCUCAAUUGCCGUGCCAGGUGUACAGAUUCGAUCCAGCGUCUGGCGAUAUACGAGUCGUUGCCGACGGCUUUGGUCGGCCGAACGGACUGUGCUUCUCGCCCGAUGAGGAGACGCUGUACGUGACAGAUACCGACCUGAUACACGGAGACGGCUCGACAGAUGUUCAAAGGCCGCAGACCAUAUAUGCUUUCGAUGUGAUUGUGCGCCACGGCUCGCACUUCUUGGCCAAUAGAAGAGUGUUUGCGAUGGCGGAUGAAGGCAUUCCAGACGGCAUCAAGUGCGACCUGCAAGGCAACGUGUACAGCGGCUGCGGCGAUGGCGUCCAUGUGUGGACAGCAGGAGGAAGACUCAUUGGUAAGAUCAAGGUGUCUGGAGGCGUGGCGAACUUCUGCUUUGGCAAGCAGGGCGAGAUGCUGCUGCUGAACGAGAACAAGUUUUGGGUAGCCAAGUUUAGCAGGUCGGUGCAAGGUGCGUUGUUAGCGAAUAUGGGGAUAGCGGCGGAGUGA